ACCCCAAAAUCCACACAAAAUAAAGGUACCCAAACUCUGAAGAAUACACUCUUGAUUUUGUAACAAAUUGAGUUGGGGCUGGUCUGCGCCAUGGAACUAGCUCUCUCUCCCUCAGUUAUUACCAUGAACACAACCCCAAAAUUCUUAGUUAAGCCCUCGACACCAUUUCAAUCUUCUAUUUUCUUCCGAGUAACCCUCAAAUUUCCCAACACCACACCCAAGUCUAAGAAGAAGCAGAGCAACACAAAGGGCCUCCUCAUUCUUUCUUCUUCAUCUUCAUAUUCUAUCAUUUCUUGUGCAUCUUCAUCAACAAGCACUGUAUCAACAUCUACUGCUUCCAUUUUCACUGACCCAUCUACUGCCAAUGGCCAACAUCACCACUGGAUGGUCAUCAUGGAGAGUCCUUCACAAGGGGUCAGUUCCAAACCAGAGAUCAUCGAUUACUAUGUCAAAACCCUAGAGAAAGUUUUGGGCAGUGAGAAGGAUGCUCAAAUGUGUAUAUACGAUGCUUCCUGUGAUACCCAUUUUGGUUUCUGUUGUGUUAUUGAUGAAGAGAUUUCUCGUGAGCUCUCAAGUUUACCAGGGGUGCUGUUUGUCAGGCCUGACCCGGAUUUGAAUUCUGUGAAAAAGGAUUAUAGUUAUUCAAAUGUUCAAUAUAAUCCUCUAUCAAACUCAUUCUCUGGAAGUUCUUCAUUGUUUCUGGAGGGAACUUCCAAACACUGGCUUGUUCGAAUUGAUAGGCCAGCGAUUGGAGUGAUGACAAAGGCACGGAUGGUUGAUUACUAUACUAAAAUACUGACCAAGGUCAUGGGAAACGAAAAGGAUGCUCAAAUGUGUAUAUAUCACAUUUCCUGGCAAUCCAAUUUUGGGUUCUGCUGUGAAUUAGAUGAGGAAUGUGCACGAGAACUAGCUGGUGCGCCUGGUGUGCUAUCUGUGCAGCCUGAUGUAGAUUUUGGUUCAGAUAAUAAGGAUUAUGGAGGUGACACUUCAGAGCAUCUUAGUGACUCCUUGGGUUCUUCAGUAGAUAAACCAACAAACAUCAAAACAAAGAAGCUUUUUAUAGCUGGUCUCUCGUUUUAUACAUCGGAGAAAACCUUACGUGCGGCAUUUGAAGGUUUUGGUGACCUUGUUGAAGUAAAAAUUAUAAUGGACAAGAUUUCUAAAAGGUCCAAAGGUUUUGCCUUUAUAGAGUAUACAACCGAGGAGGCUGCUAGUGCAGCACAUAAAGAGAUGAAUGGCAAGAUCAUCAAUGGCUGGAUGAUAGUUGUUGAUGUUGCCAAGCCGACUCCACCUAAGAACAGCAGGGGUCGUCCUAGAACUGGAUAAAAAUUUCCUCCUCCAAGGAGGGAUCAAAUUUAUUUAUUCAGGCAUUGGAAAUUCAUCCUCUUCUCUAACAACGAAUCUUAGAAUUGGAAUGGACCGAAUGCCAGAAGUGACCAUUCCUGAAGAGAGACUUACAACUGGUUGCAACCUGCACGUGAGAAGGGUUGAGGAUGCGCCUUUUUGGCUGCGGAACAUCAUUUUCGUUGUACAAAAUCCACAUUUUUCAUCUACUUGGAACAAACUUAAUACCAUCGUGGAGUAAUUUCUCCUCUUAACGGAGCUGGGAGGUUGUUAUGCAACUUUUUCUUCUUCAAGUUCUGGAAAUUUAUGCUGUAAUUUUUCUAGGUCUAAAGGUGAUGUGCCACGCAACAAGUGAAAACUCUUCACCUAGCCUAAACUCCCACCAAGAAUGAAAUUAAGAUACCAUUCCAGCUCUGUAAUACGACUUGUCGAUUAUUGAAAAACUUUUACAAGUUAGAUUA